UUGAAUUCCGUCUAUAAUAUAACCGUUUGAUUUAGUCUAAAGUUAUUAACUGAAAACAGUUGUCAAAAUUAAUUUUUUUUAAAACUGUUAGUUUAGCUAAAACUCAUACCUAAAACUCUAGAGAAGCGUUUAAAAUUAAACAUUAGUUAUCUUAAGGAGUGCUAAACUAACUAAUUUCAGCCUAAAUAUGACAUCUGCCUGUUAUACGGCACUUAUCUUAUUGAUGGUCACUCUGUUGGCUAUCACUAUUAGACCGGUUGUUGGCGACGACGACGAGAGUAACCAAUCGCCUGUCAUUGUUGAGACGAACACUAGUCCUAUUAUUACGCCUCCCAGUCAGGAUUCGCCUCCCACUGAUGGUAAUGGAACUGGUAGUGGUGGCGGCGGUGGCGGCGCAGACGGUAAGUUCUACUGCACUGAGACGGGCGGUGUGGACGGCAACGUAGACCAGUCGAUCAACUAUGCGUUUCUUAUCGACAAAAAGCUAUACUAUUGUAAAAAUGGUAAAACAAAUAUUAACGAUCAGGACUGUUACCAUACCGUCAUCUCAACGAGUGAUAUGAAAGAGAUGCCCAGCAAAAUUAGGACUGAAAUAUUUAUUAAGUCCAAUGACUACAAAUACAUUAAUAGCGGGUUUAUGGUGAAAGACGGUGAUAAGGCGGCCAUGUAUUUUGUGUUCGGAGAUAUCGGUAACGACCCGAGUCAACAAACCGGUAACAGUUACGGUUAUAAGGCUUACCAACUUGAAAAUGACUAUCCGAUCGAAGACAAACAGUAUGUCCCUUGGGAUCUGGACACCAAUGGCACAGCUAAAGUACAAUACCCGUGGAAAAUAGACAAUUUGAAUACAACCGAUGAUUAUAACUACAGGGGUUUUGCACACGACUUGGGCAACAAUACGCUGUACAUAUCGAUGGAAAUGUUUAAGCAAAACCGUUCGGCCAUGUAUUUCAAGAGCACGGCUACUGAUGAGUCACGCAAAGGCCUAUUCACUGAAUGCACUACCGAUCGUCUCUAUACUGGACUCAUACAUCACGACGGCGUACUAUACGGUCUGUACGGCAAACUGUGGUAUAAGUUGGAAAUCAAUGGCACAUCAGUGACAGGAAAAACUUUUUUCAAUUUGCGUGAGUUCUUCAAUUGUAACGACAAAUCGCCGCUAUUCAUCCAUAGAUCAGACUCAACAUCUCCUCCCGGCGACAGCAACUCCACUGAGUCCCACAAUGAUGUCACCAGCAGUUCAAGCAAUGAUAACAGUAUGCCUCCCGGACCCACCGAUCAGUCACCGACUGGUGAACCGGCCAAUACUACGGAGAAGCCGAAAUCAAGUAGUUGGUGGAUAUGGAUAAUCAUUAUUAUAAUUAUUAUAAUUAUCAUUAUACUCAUCAUUUGUUGUCUCUGUUGCUGCGGUCGGAGCAAAUCAAAAGAUGAUUCAAAACCACAGCCAAAGAAAUCGGCCAAAGGAGGACCAGCCGCUAGUAAUACCGGUGCCGCAUCAUCCAAAGCGGGUGGCUCUAAAGCUGGUAGUGUCACUGGAGCUGGUAGUGGCUCAAAAACUGGUGCAGGAGCUGGUGGUGGCUCCGGUAUGGCCAGUCGUUCUAAUAGCAAAGUUGAUGCCACCCGUUCCGAUGCCGUUUAGUAUUGCAUUUUAUGGCUAUUUUCUAGUAAUUUAUAUCAAAUUGUUAUCC